UGUCCAAAAACUUGACGAAUAAUAACUGGCAAUCGUAAACAUGCCUUCGGCCCACCGCUCUUCAGUGCUCUUCUUCCUUGGGGCAUCGGGCAAAUGUCGAGAUACAGCAGGACGACACGAGGGAAAAUAAAGUGGAGAGCCGCGCUCUUAGAACGACGCACCGAUCCACUGAUUUCCCUUGCAGGGUUGGCCGAUCUGGAGUUGCGGACGCGAAAAGUGCCCCAAUUCAACAUGGGCCGGCGGGUACGAAAAUAAAAUGGCACCAACCGCAAACACGAAUACAGACGACGAGCGCCGAUGCCGAUCUCGACGGGGACAAGUCGAGGGUAAAGCCCUGAAGUCCCGGGGAAAAAGACAGUUGGGAACAGACGUACAAUUGUUGUUUCCUGCUGCGACUUCAGCGUUUAUUGUAGGCGCCCAAUGUGCACAGACUUUCUCGAGUAUUUACCAAGCUGUGGGAACUUUGGGGCCAGCGCUCAUUAGCGAGUUCCGCUUUAGAUUGAAUCUCGCAAUAAUCUACCUACUAUGCACCCACUCCGUUGGCGCUCCGAUUCCGAAUUCCAGCGGGCGGGUUCAGCACAUUGGGUGCAUACGAGACGAGUCGAAUCUUCCCCGACAUUCGCUAGCUCCAAGAAACGAAGCAACUCGGUUCUCGCAUCGUCUUCUGUCGGGCAAAUCAGUCCUUAUUCACACAGAGUACAACCCAGCCAGCCUCGAAUUGGGGCUUUAAACCGAUUUGUGGGCCACAAUGGCCGCUCCGGCUUGUUUGCUU